AAUCAUUUCACUCAUCUGUUCGAUUAUCAUUUUUCAAUAAAUCGAACUGUAAUAGCACGUGUGUAGUAGUUCAAAAAUGUGUGUCACAAAGUGUAAGCAGAAGAAGAAAAUGAAAUCGGCGAAGAAGAAUCUAUCGACUCCUGGUACUGGUGGAAGUGUUAAUCCCGAAAUGAAGUCAAUUUCACAUUCGACAACAGCUCAAUCGGGAGAGAAGGGAGCAAGCAAAAUGGCAAAAGUUCCGUCCAAGGAGAAGAGCAAGGGACCAAGGCAAAGUGAUCGUGAUGCAAAGGAUGAACACAACGAGGCGGUGUCUCAACUCAAGAAGAUUGCCGAAAAAGCUUCAGAAAUGUCACAUGGACCAUCUGUAGCUCCACCAAGAAAACUUGACGCGAAACGCACUGUGACCGGAAUGAAGGAAAGCAAAGAUCCCGAGUAUGUGACGCUGGAUGACGAUUUUCCGAAAUUCGAGAAAGCAAUACUGAAGGGCAACUCUAAAGAGGCUACGGAAACUCGAAAACUUGAGAUAACGCAACAAUUGUCUGUUGAUGAAAAGAAGAUUGCAGGAAGCAGCGAGAAAACUACUUAAAAACGAAUAAAGCUUAAUCUAUGC